UUCCGCCCUGUACCACGUCCUUAAUUAAACCAGUUACGAAAUAUGUAUUAUAUCUAGCUAUUUACCUCUCAACAUGCAAACUCCAUUCAAAAGUUUGACAGAUUCACGUGCCCUUGCUUUUUGCUAAAUGUAGACCCAUCUGGCACAUCAUUAGCUAGACCUUUUUCAGAUUGUUAAAAGGUUUUGGCAAAGCCGGUGUUACACAAUACAAUACAUACGUAGAAAAUAGCAUUACUACAGCUGCAUGUAGUAAAUGACUAACGUUAAUUACGCAACUGCAGCGGAUGCCGAUCUAGCUAGUAUAUUAUUUCUGAAAGGGAAAGUCCAUAACCUGGAAUAGACCUUUUUUAUAGCAGGGAAAGUGUAACGUUAACUCAUGGAAUUGAUGUGGAAUUGAUCGACCGCAAAAUGGACGGCAUUCUAUUUAGGUCCAAGAAAUGGGUUGAAAAAUGCCAGAGGCAAGAUCUCCUAGACAAAUCACCAGGCCAGUUGUGCAGAUACUACAGACUUUGUGGGAAACAUUUUGAAAAACCUUCAUUUUAUAGUGUGUCUCAGAGUACAGUGCUAAAGGACGAUGCCAUACCAACUAUCUUUGAUGUACCAAGCCAACCUCAAAAUGGGCAGGUGAAGCGCAGUAAACAGCCGGUCAGACCAGAAGAAACGGACAAAGAGGGGGGGAAAAAAAUCAAACUGUCUCCAGCAGAGACAGCUGAGAAAGAUGCCAAGACUGUCCCAGAGGAAGAGGAAUACAAAGAGUAUCUUAAGUCAUUAUUUGAAGUUCUCGUACUGUUGGGAGAGAAGAGCAUUCCUCCGACAGGGCCUGGUGAUAGUAAGCAGGAUGGCCUCGGGUCAAGCAACUUUCAGACAUUGUUAGAAUAUCGCAUGCAUUGUGGAGAUGAAGUCCUUAAGAAGAGGUACGACGCGAAUAAGGAGUGCUGCUCCUCCGCUCAGCUGAAUCAGUUGAUUGAGGUGUGCGAGAAAUCCAUCCGCAGUAAGCUGAUGGAGGAAGUUCAACAAAAUGGCCACUUCUCAUUACUUACUGGUGACUUGGUGAGGAUCUCAGGAGAAUGGUACCUCCCCGUCUUUCUCCGUUACGUGGACCAGUCGAACUGCCAGCGGGAGAGGUUCAUCGGAUGCUUGUCCUUUGAAGGAGAUGGAGACGCCUUAGCGGAGAAACUUCUGUCUGACAUGACUGACAAAUGGGGCUUGGAUAUGGAACAGUGCAGAGGUCAAGCCCACUCCUGCUCUGGGACACAUUUUAGUCAAAUGAGAAGAUUUGCUGCCAAACUGAAGGAGAGGUAUCCAACGGCAGUGCUCGCACUAAGAUCUACUCGUCCAUUGAACCUGUCGCUGGCAAAUGGCAUGGCUUUGUCAGGGGUGCAGCUUGUAAUGUCUACCUUAAGGAGGAUUGAGUCAUUCUUCAGCCGGUCCCCUCUGCUGCAGUUGGAGUUGGAGCACGCCAUUUCGAUUUUCUACCCGGACAAAGAGGAGAAGGCCAAGGAACUGAAGGAGAUCUGUAGAACGAGCUGGACCAGAGGAAACGAUGCAUUCGAGGUGGCGGGGGAUCUCCUGGAGGCACUGCUACUCUGCGUAGACAGCGUUCACGACAACGAGGACAUGAGGUGGGACGAUCAAGUCACGCACAACGCCUUGGAGAUUUCAAAAGCCCUGGCUGACUUUGAAUUCGUCAUGGCGCUGGUCGUGCUGAAAAACGUGCUGACGCUCACGCAGGCGUUUGGGAAGAACGUGCGAGGGAGAGCGGCAGACGCCCACUUUGCUGCAGCCAGUUUAAAAGCUGUCUUGCACUCCCUGAAGGAAGUGUCGGACAACAUCGACGUGUACCACGAGUUCUGGAACGACGAGGCCGUUAACCUAGCUGCUGCGAUGGAGAUCCCGGUUACGGUCCCGCGCUCCUUCUUGAGAAAGCACCAGUUGGACUCUAGAGCCGUUCGGCCGGAGACUCACUACAAGGAGCACCUGUCUGUUCCCGUGGUGGAGCACGUCACCAGAGAAAUGAAUGAACUCUUCUGCGAGGACCACAUGAAGGCUCUGAGGUGCCUGUCCCUGGUCCCUGCUGUCAUAGAGCAGUACAAGUCUACCGAACCCGACGAAGAGAACGUGCAAAUGUUCAAAAACGACAUCCCUAACGCAGGGACCCUCUCCGCCGAGCUGCACUGUUGGUGGGUCAAAUGGAGCAAAAAGGGCAAAGGCGAGACUUUGCCGUCCAGUCUCCACGACACGCUGCAGCUGGCCGACGUGAAGUUCUUCCCAAACAUGCUCGCCGUUCUGAGACUGAUCGGCAUCCUGCCCACCUUGGCUCUGGAGGACAGCUGUGACGUGGCGUACAAGCGCUUCCAGAUGUACAUGGAGCACACACCUGACAAAUUCAAAUCCAAAAGUCUCGCUCUUUUGUACGUUAACAAUGAUGUCGGGUAUGAUCUGGAUUCAAUGGUUGAGGUCUACAUGAAGACAUACCCUGACAGGGAGGGGUUGUGAUUAUGGUGGUUAAGCCUCUGGACAGAUUAUCCACAGCUUUUUUUUAAUGAGUCAGUCAGCUUUUUAUGUUUUUUUUUCUUCUUUUUUUCUACUAUCGAGCCCGCAUAGUGAAGUAGCAUCUUUAUGCUUUUUGUAAAGUGUCAUCAGUUGAUUGAUAAAUACCAGACCUCUUUGAAUUUAGUUUUUGUAAUUUUUGUCCUUUAUGCUGUUUUCAUGUUAUGUUUUGGGCAGCCAGUAUUGGCCACUCUGUUACCAAUCUGUUAUGAAUCCUGAUUCCAGCUUUUCAAGUCCAUUUCUCGACUCUGUUGUUGAAAUAAGUCGGAAAUUGUUCAUGUGUAAGAGUGUGUUAUUUACUCCUGUUAGCCUCAUUAAAGUAUUUUUGCUGUGUCACUCCAGUGAUCUGCUGACAUGUAACAGUUGGAGAACAGGGAUCCGCUAAUAAAGAGAUUGUCUCUUGGGUUUAAUAA